AGUCAUUGAUGUAGUUAUAACUUUCAUUGUGCGAAGAAGAAAGUAAUUGCUUUGUUUUUGAAAUGAAUGCUAUAUGUAUUUCCAUGCAGGACAUAAAAAAAAUCGACACAAGCUUCGUCCCUGAUAAAACCGACCACGUACUUUCACUAGGCAGCCCGUCCUGAGAACGACACCGCUUAUAAUAUCUGAGACUGAAGCUGUAGCUUCGUUUAGUGAAUUCAAGUAAUGGGCGUAGACAUUGAUACCAUUUUGUAAAAGGUUUAUGAUAGACCAUACUAGCUGAAUUAAUUAGCGAAUCUCUAACUGUGCGUUUGAAACUAAUAGGUUCAAAAUUCUUACAGAGAAUAAUAAAAAUGUCAAAGAUACAACGCUGCUCAAAGAGCAUUUGAAAUAAACGUGGUAAACCGACGGUAUUGUUGACACUUAUUGGUGCUGUAAUUACUAGAAAUGUAGGGGAGUAGUGUUGAAUUCCCUGAUGGAUCAAUAGGUCGCUUUUAACAAAAUUGUCUUUUAAGUGUCUAGAUUACAGGACUUUUACUGGUAUUUGUGCAAAAUAAAAUGUUAAGGAAUAUAAGAUACGUUGCUCACAUUGCUGGGAUUGGGCCUUGGAAACUGCAGAGGUGUCCCACUCACGACUUUCAGAAAUACCGGUUGUGUCUCACAACAUUCAGAAGUAACUCUACUGACCCGUGCAAGCAGACGCCGAAGUGUCCCCCACAGAAACCAGUGGAAUGUCGCGAUACGAAAAAGCCAGUUCCUCCCAAGGAAGUCUGUCCAAAGGAUGAUGGCUCGAAAAAGAAAUACACCCGGCAGUUGAUUGGUGGACUGCUCUUUGCAGCCAUUUCGUUGUUCACUUUGUACCACUUCCUUCAGCAGAAACAGCAGGAUAAAGGAGAUGUAGUACGCAAAGGAAAGAAACGCAAAACAAAGCCAAUUGUUAAGUCCCCUGCUGACUCUAAAGAUAUACCAAAGUGUGUACCAUAUUUGUUGAUUGGAGGCGGCACUGCUGCUUUUUCUGCGUUCCGGUCAAUAAAGUCAUCCGAUCCUACUGCUAAGGUGCUUAUAGUUUCAAAUGAGAGUUGUUAUCCUUACAUGAGACCUCCAUUAUCAAAGGAACUGUGGUUUAAUGAAGAUGAUGAAGCUUCCAAAAAGCUACUUUUCAAGCAGUGGAAUGGUACAGAGAGAAGUCUUUUUUAUGAACCAGAAGACUUUUAUGUUGAUUGCAAAUGUUUAAUGGAACAGGCCAAUGGAGGUGUUGCUGUAGCACGAGGUUGGAAUGUUAAAAAGGUAGAUGUUACUGAGAAAAUAGCAUAUCUUGAAGAUGGACAUGAAAUUAGGUUUAAGAAGUGCCUUAUAGCUACUGGAGCCAGCCCAAAAAACUUGCCAGUCUUUGAGAAAGCAAAUGAUCUGAUUCAAGAAAAAGUUACAUUAUUUAGGGAUGUUUAUGAUUUUGAAGAACUCCAUGCAAUAGUUCAUAAAGGUGUUAAAAAUAUUGCAGUUAUUGGUGGUGGAUUUCUUGGAACUGAACUAGCGUGUGCUCUAGCUCGCCAUGGGUGCAAGGAAGGCGUGAAGGUGCAGCAGAUAUUUCCAGAAAGUGGUACUUUGGGAAAAAUUUUACCUGAAUAUUUAAGUCAGUGGACCAUGAACAAAGUGAAAGCUGAAGGAGUGAAUGUGAUUCCUAAUGCUGAAGUCAAAGAAGUUGAUGCGGACAAGGGGCAAGUUGUAUUAAAACUCAGCAAUGGACAGUCGGUGCAAGCUGAUCAUAUUGUUGUUGCUGUUGGAGUGAAACCAAAUACAGAGCUUGCGGGUCCCUCAGGACUGGAGGUGGAUGAAAAAUUAGGUGGUUUCCUUGUUAAUGCCGAACUGGUGGCAAGAUCUAAUGUCUGGGCUGCAGGUGACUGCACAUGCUUUUAUGACGUGAAAUUUGGACGCCGUCGAGUUGAGCAUCAUGACCACGCUGUUGUCUCAGGACGUCUGGCUGGUGAAAACAUGACUGGUGCAGGAAAGCAUUACUGGCAUCAGUCUAUGUUUUGGUCUGAUCUGGGACCUGAUGUUGGCUUUGAGGCUAUAGGCAUUGUUGAUUCACAAUUGCCAACUGUUGGAGUCUAUGCCAAGCCGUGUGAUGAUAGUACUUCUGAAGCCAAAAUAUCAGCCAUAGAUGCAAAAAAUAAAGGUGGAGAGGACAAGAUGCCAGUACCAGCAACUGUGUCUGCUCCUUCUGCACCAAAGAAAGGUGAAAAUUAUGAGAAAGGUGUCAUCUUCUACCUAAGAGAUGAAACAGUUGUGGGAAUAGUCUUAUGGAACGUAUUCAACCGAAUGUCCACAGCACGACAGGUUUUAAAGGAUGAGAGCAAGUAUGAUGAUCUAAAUGAAGUUGCUAAACUGUUCAAUAUACAUGAAGACUAGAACUGAUUUAGUAAGACUGAGUAUACAUGGCAAACAACAAACACUGUGUUCGUACUUAUGUGUAUGUGUUUGUGACUGUCCAACGUCAGAUAAAAUGCAGUGAAGUAGUUCAUAGUAUGUGGGAUGUAGAAACAAAUAAUUUGUGUGUGAAUGAUUGAAGCAUUAAACCCCUGUGUUGUGUUGCUGAAGAAUGUAAGCCAAUAAGCAGUGUAUUUUGUAUAAAUAUACUCAGAACUGAAAAAAUUAAAAGAACAAUUUGUACAUCAUCAAGUACAGGCUUGUGUUGCCUCACAUUUCUGUGCUAUUAGAUUGUAGCACAUUUUUACUACUGGUAUACGUAUUGGGUAGUAUGGGUGCAACCACGCAUUUAUUUGAUAUGGCUUUUAGUGCUUAAAAGUACACACUCUUCUCUAAUCAUGUGUUUUUCAGUGUGUCAGUAUUAUAAAUCAGGUAUUUGUUAAAACAAAAGUUCAUAGAAAGUAAACAAAUAAAAUAUUUGUAAAUUGUUAGAAA